AUGAACAUAUUGCUCCAGAAUUACGUUUAUGCUUCCCUCCCCUUUACUCAGACUAGAAAGCGAAAGAAUUGCGGAUCUGGCCAUUUUGGCGCCGACUCUGAGGUGUCUGCUAAGGAUCCAGUUGGCACGUCUUAUUCGCCCGUCGGCGUCUUCCAGAGCAUUUCUACAGCAUCGUGCCCAACUUCUGGUGUUGCCCCUUUAAGACCUCACCAGAUCCUUUCUGAAUCUCAGAUUAAAUUAACUACCGCGCCUCGUUUCUUGCAUAGCCGAUCUUUGGGAAGUUCGGAUAAAAAUGACAUCAAGUGUCAUCCUGUGCAGCAGCACGGCCAACCAAUUGACCUAAAUUGUAAUCAAGCCUGUAUCAUCACAAAAUCACUUUUGGACACGUAUGCCCAGGGCGAACAGAUAACUCAGUUUGGACGCUUGCCAUCGCCUAACAGUAAUCUACAUAAGGUACAGCUAACUAACACUUAUUUUGGCCAAAUGCAUAAACCAUGUUGGGUUAGCACUUUUUGGUAG